AUGUCCGACUUGUGCCCAGUCUACGCUCCAUUCUUUGGUGCCAUCGGCUCCACUGCCGCCAUCGUUUUCACCUGUUUCGGUGCUGCUUACGGUACCGCUAAGUCUGGUGUUGGUGUGUGUGCCACCUGUGUCUUGAGACCUGACUUGUUGUUCAAGAACAUUGUGCCUGUCAUUUUGGCUGGUAUCAUUGCCAUUUACGGUUUGGUCGUGGCCGUCUUGUUGACCGACGGCUUGUCCCAGAAGAUGGCCUUGUACUCGGGCUUCAUCCAGUUGGGUGCCGGUUUGUCCGUUGGUUUGGCUGGUUUGGCUGCUGGUUUUGCCAUUGGUAUCGUCGGUGACGCGGGUGUCAGAGGUACCGCCCAGCAGCCCAGAUUGUUCGUCGGUAUGCUUUUGAUUUUGAUUUUCGCCGAAGUCUUGGGUUUGUACGGCUUGAUCGUCGCCUUGUUGUUGAACUCUAGAGCCAGUCAGGACGUCACCUGUUAA